CUGCAGGCGAGUUCCGCAGCUCGUGUGGCAGGCAGUAUUUUUUCAGUUAUAAUGAGUUAAAUUUCCAAGAAGCCCUGGCAGAAUGCUGCAAAUACGGCUUAAAACUUGUGAGCUUGGAGAGCAAAGAAGAACUGGAUUGUGUAUUGGACACAAUAAAAUUUGAGGUUCGUUCAACCUCUACUUUUUGGACGUCUGGCACAAAUCAGGGAUUUGGUUGCGAGAUGACCUACGGCUGGUGCGGAAGCGGCGCAUCAGCCCCAAAUCUCACAAGUUUGCUUAACAAGCCGACAAAUCCAUUGGUCGAAAGAUGCAUUGAGCUGAUAUCCGCGGACGGCGAAUUAAACGACCGCAGCUGCGCCACAGACAGGAGAUUUAUUUGCGAGGGCAUCGCCCCAGAAUGCUCACCUACCUGCUCCGCGCAAUGCGUUAAAGAUCCGGCGCUAUUUAACAAACAAGACCAACUUCUGAACAUUGAUUCUUAUGGAACAACGCACACAGUUGGUGCAAGCACAUAUUUAUUUAGCUCGGACCAAGUCAAUGCAAAAAAGGCACAUGAAAUUUGCUGCAGCAUUGGAAUGAAGCUCAUCUCCGUUGAAACUGACGAAGAAUUGAAAAUAUUGCAUGAAAUUCACGUCAAAAAGACGUCUCAGUUCUUGGAUUACUGGACAAGUGGUUCGCAAGUGGAUUGCGAAUUCCGUUUUACUUGGUGCGCUACGGGGGUGCGAUUUCACCGAAACGAUACUAGAUGGAUCCCUGGUCACCCUAAUACCGAAGACGAGAGCCAGCCCUGUGUAGUGGCUUAUCUAAACAAAACACACUUGUACCUAAACGAUUUGCCUUGCUCUGCAAAUAAUAAUUUCAUUUGCGAAAUGCCUGCGGUGCCUAAAUGCACGAAGGUAACAUGCCCUGACGUGGAAUGCUCUUUAGACGCGGUCAUGAAAAAACAGUCAGUUGACGGAAAGGACAUAAAUAACGGACAAUUUAGGAACAUCUGCGGUCGGCAGUAUUUUCUAAAUAAAAAUUCGACCUCUUAUACUAAAGCAAGUUUAGCCUGUUGCAAAAUGGGAAUGCAGCUUUUAUCCAUUGAAACCGCGGAGGAAUUGGAAUGUUUGAAACAGAACAAUUCUUUUGGUCUGGAUGCAAAGCCACUUUAUUUUAGAACAUCAAGCGUCAGCGACGGCAUUGGUUGCAAAGGCGUCUUUGGUUGGUGUCCUUCUGGUGACAAUGUGAGCCUCACGGUUCCAUGGGCCGCUGGAGAGCCCAGCACUUCUGUAGCGGACAAAUGUGGCACUGUUUUCAUGCAAAUGGGUGGAGGCCCCACAGUUCCAGCAGUAAUGUUAAGUGAAGACUGCGACCGAACCCGUUGGUUCAUUUGUGAGGGACCUGCUAAAUGAGAAGCAGAUAUUUUAAUUCAAUUUCAUGCUGAUUAAAAAAAUGAAUUCGGUAUUUUAAAAAGUAUGUGAUAAAAAAAAUAUUGAAAAUAAAAAUCAUAUAAUUAUGUCGCAAAAAAA